GAAAAAACGGGAGGGAGCGAGUGAGCGGAGGAGCCGACGCGCCGGAGGCACCGGCUAUGGCCGCGGCCGCCUGCUGAUGGGCCGGGCUCGGGAGUGCGGGGUCAGAGGCACCCGCGGCAGCGGAGGAUGGUGACCACCGGGCUCAUGCCGCGGCCCAAGAGGGAACAGCCGAGGCCGGGCGAGGAGCCGCCUCUUUGAACCGAGCCUGGACCCGCCGCCGCCGCCGCCUCCUCAGACACUGACCGACCGAGACCCGGGGAGGGAGCCCGAGAGCCCCGCCGGGCGGCGUCGCCGCUGCCGCCCCCUCCCCCCGAGGCUGCGGCCCUGAGGUUUGUCCUGACUCUACUGAAAAAGAAAAAUAUGGCUGCAAGAGAGAAAUUGGAGGCAGUGUUAAAUGUGGCCCUGAGGGUCCCAAGCAUCAUGCUUUUGGAUGUCUUGUACAGAUGGGAUGUCAGUUCUUUUUUCCAGCAGAUCCAAAGAAGUAGCCUCAAUAAUAACCCUCUCUUCCAGUAUAAGUAUUUGGCUCUUAAUAUGCAUUACGUGGGUUAUAUCUUGAGUGUUGUGCUCCUUACCUUACCUAGACAGCAUCUGGUUCAGCUUUACCUAUACUUUCUUACUGCAUUAUUGCUUUAUGCUGGCCAUCAGAUCUCCAGGGAUUAUGUUAGAAGUGAACUGGAGUCAGCCUAUGAAGGACCAAUGUACUUAGAGCCAUUGUCCAUGAAUCGUUUCACCACAGCCCUAAUAGGUCAGUUGGUGGUGUGUACGUUGUGCUCGUGUGUGAUGAAAACUAAACAGAUAUGGCUCUUUUCCGCUCACAUGCUUCCUCUCCUAGCACGACUCUGCCUGGUUCCACUGGAGACUAUUGUUGUCAUUAACAAGUUUGCAAUGAUUUUUACUGGACUAGAAGUUCUCUAUUUUCUUGCAUCCAACCUUUUGGUCCCAUAUAAUCUUGCUAAAUCUGCAUACAGGGAAUUGGUCCAGGUAGUGGAAGUAUAUGGCCUUUUGGCUUUGGGAAUGUCCUUAUGGAAUCAGCUGGUUGUCCCCGUUCUUUUCAUGGUCUUCUGGCUUGUCUUAUUUGCUCUUCAGAUUUACUCUUAUUUCAGCACACGAGAUCAGCCUGCAUCACGGGAGAGGCUUCUUUUCCUUUUUUUGACAAGUAUUGCUGAAUGCUGUAGUACUCCAUACUCACUUUUGGGUUUGGUAUUCACAGUCUCUUUUGUUGCCUUGGGUGUUUUGACGCUCUGCAAGUUUUACUUGCAGGGUUAUCGGGCCUUCAUGAAUGAUCCUGCUAUGAAUCGGGGGAUGACAGAGGGAGUUACACUCUUAAUUCUGGCGGUGCAGACCGGUCUGAUAGAACUGCAAGUUGUUCAUCGGGCAUUCCUGCUUAGUAUUAUACUUUUCAUUGUGGUAGCUUCUAUCCUUCAGUCUAUGUUAGAAAUCGCAGAUCCCAUUGUUUUGGCGCUGGGAGCAUCAAGAGACAAGAGCUUAUGGAAACACUUCCGUGCUGUCAGCCUUUGUUUAUUUUUACUAGUGUUCCCUGCUUAUAUGGCUUACAUGAUAUGCCAAUUUUUCCACAUGGAUUUUUGGCUUCUUAUCAUUAUCUCCAGUAGCAUCCUCACUUCUCUUCAGGUUCUGGGUACACUUUUUAUUUAUGUCUUAUUUAUGGUUGAAGAAUUCAGAAAAGAGCCAGUGGAUAACAUGGAUGAUGUCAUCUACUAUGUGAACGGCACUUACCGUCUGCUGGAAUUUCUUGUGGCACUCUGUGUUGUAGCAUAUGGUGUUUCAGAGACCAUCUUUGGAGAAUGGACUGUGAUGGGCUCCAUGAUCAUCUUUAUUCAUUCCUACUACAAUGUGUGGCUUCGGGCCCAGCUGGGGUGGAAGAGCUUUCUUCUCCGCAGGGAUGCUGUGAAUAAAAUAAAAUCGUUGCCCAUUGCUACAAAAGAGCAGCUAGAGAAACACAAUGAUAUUUGUGCCAUCUGUUAUCAGGACAUGAAGUCUGCCGUGAUAACGCCAUGCAGCCAUUUCUUCCAUGCGGGUUGCCUUAAGAAAUGGUUGUAUGUUCAAGAGACUUGCCCUCUGUGCCACUGCCACCUUAAGAAUUCCUCCCAUCCUCCAGGAUUAGGACCAGAACCAGCUCCACCGCCAAACCCUGGAACAGAGCAAAAUAUUGUGGUUCAAGAAGGGACUGACCCAUCAGUUCAAGAGCACCCUGGAGGGGCUGGUUUGAAAGAAGACCCUAGAGACAGUGAUGAGCAAGUGACCAGAGUGAUAGGUCACCAGGAAGGGACUUUUGAAACCCAGGCACAUCUUCCAAACCCCCAUGUUGAGAUGUGCUCUAUUGUGGUCAACCAAGAAGAUAUGAAGACAGAAGAACAACCUGGAGUCUUAGAAGAAGAUUUAAUUCAAGACACAAGUCAUGUCUAGAUUUUAGGAACAUGUGAUGGUUAUACAGCAAACAGAGACAUUCCAGGAAUCCAAGAUAAUCUUUUCUCAGUAGAGACCGCCUACUUUUGCAAACCCUAGGCAUUGAGAGAGAGUUUUGGCAAUCUAUAAUAAGCAUGAAGUAUCUAUAUGUCUCAUGCUGAUAUUUUGUAGGAGUUUGCCAAGGAAAAUCAACCUCAGCUACUUGAGAAACUGAAUUUGAGAGGAUAAAUCAGAUAGAAAUUUGAGUAUUUUCUGAGGGCUAAGGAAAGGAAAAUAAAAUCAUAAAGACAGCAUGAGAAGAAGCUGAAUGGACAUUUUACUUUAUAUGGGAAAGAUUAAUCUUUUCCCAGAGUAUCAGAGAGUUAUUUGCCCUUCUUCCUGUCCCCUUUUUUUUCUCAGUUAAAUGGAACUCAGUCAGGUGAUUAUUGAAUUUUGUAUAGCACCGAAGCAAAAUCAAAGAUGUAAAAAGCGUUGAUUGUAUUGAAAAAUUGAAGCACGCUAAUACAUCUUAUGUGCUUUAGGCGUUUGUGGGGGCGGGGUGGGCAUGUGGGCAUUGCAAUUUGCAUUCAUGUAAUCUGUGACUCUUGAACUUUAUGAUGGAGUCAUUAAUAUUUUGAUGUAUAUGAAACUUUUGUUAAUAUACUGUAUACUGUGUUGCCUGUGUGAAGUAAACUAAAGCACUAAUGAACACUUUGGAGUCCUCCAUAGUUUAGGGGCUCAAAGUGGGAUGAGCUUUAGGGAACAGAUAAAGGCCCUAUGUGUACUUUUCAAUCCUGUGUAAUGUUUAAUUCUUGCAACUGAAAUCAAAACAGUGUUAAAUUCUGGCAAUAUUUGCACUUUGGGAAUGAGUACAUAAUUAAUUGUAUGAUCAAAUGCCGCAAAUGCCACUUUUAGAGCUGUUGAUCGACUUUGCACCUUUUCUUUGACAAGGUUGUGUCAUAUUUAAAUUUUUACAUUCAUCAUGGCUUCUGGUAGAACUGGGGGGGUGGGUUGGCGAUUUUUUAUGUGAAUUUUGAUAUGAAAAGAAAUUAGUCAUUUAUUUAUACAAUAGGCUUGGCUCAAAAAAGUGUUUUUCAGAGUUGGAAUUCCUAAUGUGAGAUGUGACAUUAUUUUAUUUUUAGUAGCAAAUUUGGAUGUAGACUGACAGACAUAGCUGAAUGUCUUAAUAAAUUUAAAUUUGAAGACUUUA